AUGACCUUUUCGUCGCCUCUUCUCUUCGCGGGUGCAUUCUUGGCCUUGGCCAUAUACCGCUUCAUUAUCCAGCCACUCUACACACAUCCACUUCGCUCCGUACCUGGCCCAACUUUCUACGCACUCACCCGCUGGCGUCUCGCCUGGGAAGACCUUCAGUCCCGACGAACACGCACGAUCCACGCGUUGCACCGGCAGUAUGGCUCGGCAGUUCGUAUUGGCCCAAACGAGGUGCAUUUCAACUCACUCUCUGCCCUUAAGAAGAUUUACGGACCAGGCAGCCCCUUCGGUCGGACUUCAUUCUAUCGAAUGUUCGAUGCGUACGGGGAACAGAACCUCUUCACAUUCCACUCUUCGAAACAGCACGGAGAAAGAAAGAAACUCUUAGCAAAUGUGUACUCGAAAUCCAACAUUCUGAAAGGCAGAGCUUCCGGACUUGUGUCCGAAAAAGUACAGCAGUAUCUAGACUGGAUCUCGUCAACUGAAGGCAAGCCGGAGGAGAUCUUCAAGAGCUUACACUACUACUCCCUCGACUCAAUCACAGCUUUCAUCUAUGGUCCGUCAGAUGGCGGGACGUCCUCAAUGAAGGGCAAUGCGUCGCAUCAAGCUCUACUGGACGAUAUCAUCAACCCUUCUAGGAGGAGAUUAACCUGGUGUGCUGUACACUUUCCCCGUCUCGUCAAAUGGCUCUACACACGCACUGGACUGACUGCAAGGCUCGUGACGCCGUUUCUUCCCAUGCAAAAGCCGACCACGUAUACCGGCAUCCGAGCUCAUGCGCUCGCCGCUUCACAAGGUGCCAAGGGAACCAAGUUCGAAAAGUCGGCCGGAGACGAGGAACAAACAAUCCUGGGUCGUCUUUACCAUCUUCAGUCGCUGGCCUCUCAAUCGAAAGCACUUACAGACCUCCAAAUUGCGUCGGAGUGCGCUGACCACUUUCUCGCCGGGAUUGACACAACAAGCGAUACACUGAUGUUCAUGCUUUGGGCGCUGUCUCGACCACAGAACUCCGCUUUCCAGCAAAAGCUCAUGGAAGAAUCACUUACUAUUCCAGCCGAGGACCUUGAUGUCCACGGGAAUCCCACGGUGGAAGCGGCAGACAAGCUCCCAUACCUUAAUGCCGUGAUCAACGAGACACUCCGACUGUAUGCCCCUCUUCCGGGAUCUGAGGCGAGGAGUGCGGACAUGGAUGUCGUGGUUGAUGGAUAUCUUAUCCCUGCUGGAUCGAUUGUCAACAUGGCACCUUACAGCUUGCACCGGAAUGCGGCGGUGUUCGAGGAUCCUCUGAGUUGGAAUCCGGAUCGCUGGCUGGUAAAAGAUGCGGAGAAAUUGGCUGAGAUGAAGAGGUGGUUCUGGCCAUUUUCGAGUGGAGGUAGGAUGUGUAUCGGGAUGCACCUCGCGACGGCGGAGAUGGCGGUUGUGCCGGCCAUCUAUCGCAAGUACAGCACGUCGAUCGCACCCGGUUUCGAAGCCAAAUCUCCUGGCAUCGUUAGCAGAGUGGAGGUCUUUGGAGAUGAAUCUUUCGACGAGACAGAGGAACACACUUGCUGGAUUAACUUCGUACCUACGUGA